UAAUUAAAUGUCCUGUCAGACAUCCCUAUAAAUGUACAGCCAGUCUUCUGUAAUGGACUGCCAUAGCCAUAGUGCAUGAGACACUGAACUAACCAUCACAUGAAAAGCAAACUUUGAUUCUCCUCACUGACACACUAAAGGCAAAAUGAAGCACGGUCGUGUUACGGAACUUCCAGAGGACUUCUGGAUCCCCAUCCCUCUGGAUACGGACAACAUCACAGCUUUCAGCCCCUUCCUGAUCCCCCAGGACCAUCUAGCAAGCUCAAGUACCUACUAUGCAAUGGCCGUGUACAUGUUAUUUUUAUUUUUUGCGGGCACCGGCAUCAAUGCGCUUACAGUCGCAUGCACCAUCCAAAACAAGAAGCUGCGGUCCCACCUCAACUACAUCCUGGUGAACUUGGCCGUGGCAAACCUUCUUGUGUCCUGUGUGGGCUCCUUCACUGCCUUCUGCUCCUUUGCAUCGAGAUAUUUUAUCUUUGGAGCACUAGCAUGCAAGAUUGAAGGUUUUGUGGCAACGCUUGGUGGUAUGGUAAGCCUGUGGUCUCUUGCUGUGAUAGCGUUUGAAAGAUGGCUGGUCAUCUGCAAACCACUUGGUAACUUUAUUUUCAAGCCUGAUCAUGCCAUAGCUUGCUGUGCAUUCACCUGGGUGUUUGCACUGAUUGCCUCAGCUCCUCCACUGUUCGGAUGGAGCAGAUAUAUCCCAGAAGGCAUGCAGUGCUCCUGUGGUCCAGACUGGUACACCACAAACAACAAAUACAACAAUGAAUCCUACGUGAUGUUUCUUUUCUGCUUCUGCUUUGCUGUUCCCUUGGCCACCAUUAUCUUCUGUUAUGCUCAGCUGCUCAUCACACUGAAAAUGGCAGCGAAGGCCCAAGCUGAAUCUGCCUCCACCCAGAAGGCAGAGCGGGAGGUGACCAGGAUGGUGGUCGUCAUGGUGCUGGGCUUCCUGGUGUGCUGGUUGCCUUACACCACCUUUGCUCUUUGGGUCGUCAACAAUCGCGGGCAGCCUUUUGACCUGAGAUUUGCUUCUAUACCAGCUGUCUUUUCCAAGUCUUCUACAGUCUACAACCCAAUCAUCUAUGUUCUCCUCAACAAACAGUUCCGCUCAUGUAUGAUGAAAAUGCUGGGGAUGGGUGGAGGUGAGGAUGAAGAGUCGUCGACACAGUCAGUGACUGAAGUCUCCAAAGUUGGACCUGCUUAGACUGAGCAUCAAGACUGUUGACCUCUCUGCCACUGACUCUUGUGAAUUGUAAAUAACAGUAUAUGUAUGUGUGUUUUGUCAUAUGAAAAAAUCAGCACGUUCUUAUCCCCAGGGCGUCGGAUACGGCAGCAUCUUCAGCGGCCGUCAGUGUGUGAUUCCGAUGCACAAGGCACCCUUUAGUGUUUGUAUGAGAUGUAUCAGGCUUUCAGCUAACUCCAGUUUAAACUCAUAAGGGGAUGGGAACAGAUUUAUUUCACCCAUGAGACCACCGUUCGCGUUCUGUGUGAAACCAAAAGUCACCACUGACCCUCUUUUUAACUAUAUUACGUUAAUGAUAUACUUGUUAACUUGUUGAGUAAAUUUACACAACAAUCAUACUUAUUUUAACCCAAACCAUAGUCUUUUUUCUAAACCUAACUGAGUAGUUUUGCUGCCUAAACCGAAAAUAGUUUUCAUGACAAAACCUAUGUUUCUGUAAAAACAGAGGUUUAUUUUGAAAAGACACCAUAUAUGUAACGAGCAAAAAUGGAGACCCUGCC